UAAAAAAAAUGUCGUUACUAGUUAACGUUUUUAAAAUGGUUGAACCAUUUUCGUAAAUAGAAAAUCUAUUUAUUAGACAAUAUGUGUGUUGAAUCGAUAAACUGAAUUGACUGAGAUUCCGAUUCCAUAUUCGAGAAUGUGUUCUCUGAAUAAGGAAACUGACGAAUGCAUUGCUGAAAGAUUCAAAAGAGAUUAUACUGAACAGUUCCACAUUUUAGUACGAAUGCACCUGUCUUUUUUAUUAGACAUCAACACAGAUGAGAAUGAAUGCUUAUCAGAAAAAGGGAAACUUAAAAAAUUUGCCCCCUUCACAAAGAAAUCUAAAUUUCGUGGUGUUAUGGAAGGGGCACCACUUACUCAGGAAGGUAUAUGUCAAGUUUAUCAGCUUAUAGAAUUUCUCAAAAAAGAAGACAAUAUGAAAAGUGAAGGUAUAUUCAGAAGGACUGGUUCAAUAGAAAGGCAGCAAGAUCUCAGGAAUUUCUUGAACCAAGGUGUCACAUUACAGCUAGAAGAAAGUACAUAUAGUGUCCAUGAUUGUGCUUCAGUCCUAAAGGGCUUCCUGGCUGAAUUACCAGAUCCAUUGCUAACUGAAGCACAUUUUCCAGUAUACUGCCAAAUAGCAGAAAGUUGUGGUAUUGCUCAGAAACCUACUCAAGAAAUAAAAUUAUUAGAAGCAAUACAACUCCUUCUGUUGCUAUUACCAACAGAUAACAAAGUUCUAUUGAAAGACAUCUUGGAACUAUUACAUCUCACAGCAUCUUUUGAGAGUUUCAAUAGAAUGUCAGCAGACAAUUUGGCAAAAUUAUUCACUCCCCAUUUGCUGUGCCCAAGGAAGCUGUCACCAGAGAAUCUAUUGAAAGAUUCACAAACCUUGUUUGGAAUAAUCAGUUUCAUGAUAACAAAAACCCCAGAGCUUUUCAAAAUUCCUCCAAAAUUGGUAUUGGAGUUCAGGGCCAGAUAUGAGAAGAAAAAAGUUUUGUCACCUACAAAGAAGUUUAAUGAAUCUGUAUCAGAUGCUGCAAACACAGUCUUCACUUUUGUAGAUCAAGAAAGGACAGCCAAAGAAAAUGAGUCUAAUCCAACAGAAACAGCUUUAGCUCAGUUGUAUGCCCAUAUCCAAAGCUUACCAGAGUCAUCUAAGAAGAGGAAGUUGGUUAAACAAUUCAACAAAGAAAAUGGACAUGGUACUCCUCUGCAAGUUAUCAAAAGUGGACACUCUAAAAAUAAGAGUUUUGGAGAUUCCAUCAAGAAACACAUUUUCCAAAAGAGUUUGGCAAAAAAGAGAGGUUAUUUGCUCAGGUCUUCAUCUAGUGAUGAAGUAUUGGAUAGCCCUUCAAACUCUCAAUCGAUUGUCGCUAGGGCUCGCCUAUUCUGCCACCAUAACUGCGACACCAGCAACGAUCGCAGCGGGGAAGAGAACCCGCCGAAGAAGCCGAAGAUGGCCGAGGACGCGACGACGUCGCCCGAUGCGGACGUGAGCGGUGGUGGGGGGACGCAUGCGCAUAAAGUUUGCGUGACGAGCACGCCUGCGUGUGUGCCUAUGAGGGCGUGCCGCGAAAAUUUGUUCACGCCCGACCAGCAAAGCCCGAAGUCGAUGUCGCCUAUAACGAGGUCGACGCAGAGAAUGACUAGAGCGAUGCAGGAAACUAUGAUGACACCAAGGAGCAGAAAGCCAGUUUUACUAUUAUCGGGUACCAACAUCAACACCCUGUACAAGCCAGAGCAGACCAGUUGGGCAAUGGACAAUGUGACUGAAGAAGUAUCAGAAACUCCUAAUGUCAAUGAUCAGAAAGAAUUUAAGAAGUCCAAAAGUGAAGGUGACAUAGGAACUAAGUCUAGCACUAGCAAAAUGAAUAAUAGUGAGCCCCCCACAGUAUUAUCAGAAACAUUCAAGGAUUAUCUGAGUAACAGAGACAUCCUGACUUUAUCUGAUGACGAAGAUUCUAGUUUUUCUAGUAGGACUGACGACUUCAAUUCUACUGAUGAUCUCAAUGACUGGAGCCAAAAUAAGCUGAGUGAAUCUCUGCUUUAUUGUUUGGAUGGAAAUAAACCUGAUGACGACGUUGAUAUGACUGAAAAUGAUGAAAAAGAAUUGUUGUUGAAACCAAAGCAAUUUGAUGCUAAUGGAACACCUAUUGUAUUUGAAACAUCUUUUUGAUGGAAGUUAGCUUUUAUAGGUUUCAAUUAUAAAUGCAAAUAGUAUCAAUAUGUAAUUUUUAUAUACAAGUAUUCUUAUAAUUUUGUUUUAAUAUACUGUUUAAAAAAUGAAAUAAGUCUCAUUAAUAAAUAUGGAAAAUAUAUAAUUUCAACUUAGCAGCUCAGAACAUGUCAUCAUGAGUGAGGUCUGCUAGGAGAUGUAAUCCUCUUUCUUUCAAAGCUUUUGAUAGCAACUUCUGUUUCUCUUGCUUCAAUUCCUGUUCUCUUCUUUGGGCAGCUAAUAUAUCAUCUACAGAUACUUCUGUUAAAGGUAGUUCACUUUCUUUGCUGGAAUCCUUGAAGAAUUGAAAAUGAAAUACUGUUUAAAGAAAUUUUGAAUGGGCUUACAAUUUCUCCAAGUAAUACAACAUUCUCUCCUCUUACUAUGAAUACACCUCUAGGUAUGUCCCCAUACUCUUUUCCUACAUGUAUGCGCUCUAUGGUCUGAUGUAGUACUAGAUUUGCAAAUUGAUCCACACUCCUCAGGUAUCCAAUGAGAGUUCUUCCAUCUCUGAGUAAAACCAUCAACUUUUCUGAAAUAUACCAAAUGAUUG